AUGCUUUCACUUUUGGAUGACACCUGUGAUAACUUUGCUACAUACCAAGAAGUUAAGAUGCUCACAAAAGCUAUUGAAAGUUUCCAUGAGAGCGCUCUUGAAGAGCUACCUGAAACAAUGAAGAAUUUGUAUCGUAUCAUCAUUGACCUAUACGAUGAAAUUGAGGUGGAACUUGCAAAAACCGGACCUACUUUUGCUGUCAACUAUGCAAAGGAAGAGUGGGAGCGAGAGAGAAGUUAUGCAGCUUCAGCAAUAGAAUGCUACAUGAAUGAGCACGGGGUAUCGGAGGUGGAAGCAGUCAAAUUUUGUUGGGAGGAGAUUUCUAGAGCUUGGAAAGACAUUGCAGAAGAGUGUCAGAAACCAACUCCAUUACCAGUAACCUUGACAGAACGUGUUCUUAACUUUGCACGCUCAAUCAAUGUGAUUUAUGAGAAUGGUGAUGGCUACACUCAUUCUCACCUUUUGAAAGAACACAUCGAUUCAUUGUUAGCUGAUCCAGUUCCUCUCUGA